AUGUCCUUCAAGUCACUCUUUAGCAAGACAGUCGCUGCCGUUGCUGUUUCACAAGUGGUACUUGUUGAUGCAUUCCGUUUACAGCCAGACAACGCUAAGCGACUAGAUGCAACAGACGCCGUAUUUCCAGGAGCAGGUGCUACGAUUUUACAACAUCCAGCAGACUGGUCAAGGAAUAUAUUUCCGAUUCCAGUUCAUUCACAUAACGAUUAUUGGCGUGAUGUGCCUAUCUUGGACGCUUUAGCAAACGGAGUUUAUUCUAUGGAAAGUGACGUUUGGUUGAAUCCUGAUGAUAAAGAACUAUAUGUUGGACAUGAUCCGUUUGCUUUAUCAAGAGAGAGAACAUUUGAUAAACUCACUUUAAGACCAUUGAAAAAAGCGAUCGAUCAAGCAAAUGAGGCGAAUCACAUUCACAGCAAUUCUCCAGAAGCUAAAUUUUUUGCCAACUUACAAAACCAAUCUUACUCACAGAUUAACACUUCAUCUACUUCACGAGUUGGAUUUUAUAGUGCCGGUGUGGGUUUAGGUACACCUUUGCAAUUGCUCAUUGAUAUCAAAACAGACGGAAAUGAAACGUUCCCUUAUAUUGUCAAAUGUUUGCAACCUUUGGCAGAUCAAGGAUAUUUGACAAAAUACGAUGCAAAAACGAACAAGACAAUUCCUGGACCAAUUACGAUCAUCGGAACGGGAAAUACGCCAAUCAAUCAAUUAAUUAAUCUACCUUCACCUCGAUUCGUAUACUUUGAUUGUCCAUUAGGCAAGCUCGAUGCACCUUUCACGGUCAAUGGAACAUCGCACAGUUAUGAUCAUACCAUUUGCGGAAUUGCUAGCACCAAUUUGGGUUCGAUUACAAAUUGGAAGGGUAUCGACAAUGCCACCGAUGAUCAACGUAAGAAUAUCUCAGUUGCAAUUGAUCAAGCACAUUCGUAUAAUAUCAAGACCCGCAUUUGGGAUACUCCUAAUUGGCCCACUUAUGCACGCGACAAUGUCAACAAGCUUCUACUCGAAGUGGGAUCAGAUUGGAUCAAUGCAGACGAUUUGAGCGCGAUCGCAAGUUUCUGA